AUGUGCGGCUCAGAUCAGGCCAUUGUAACCAAAGGCUCGAAGAGUUCUUCAGGUGUUGUGCCUGAAGCCACAGAGGAUAACUGCAGGCCGAACCUGCCGCUCGACGCCAUUAUCAAUCUAGAUCACGGUGAUCCUACAAUGUUUGAAUCCUACUGGAGAAAACUGGGAAACGCGUGCACAGUUACGUUCACAGGAUAUCAAUCUCUAAGCUAUUUCUCCAAUCCGAAAAACUUGUGCUGGUUUUUGGAGCCAAAACUUGAGGAAGAGAUAAAGAAAUUGCACAAUGUGGUAGGCAAUGCAACAGUAGAGGGUUAUCGUAUUGUAGUUGGAACUGGAUCGAGUCAGCUCAUUCAGGCUGUAUUAUAUGCCCUUUCUGAUCCUCUAAAUGAGCCAAAGCCUAUCAAUGUUGUAUCGGCUACUCCUUACUACUCCUCAUAUCCAGAAGUGACAGAUUUUGUAAGGUCUGGACUCUACAAAUGGGCAGGUGAUGCUCACAAUUUUGAUAAAGAUGGGCCCUACAUAGAAAUGGUAACUUCUCCAAGUAACCCUGAUGGGGUUAUUAGAGAACCUGUUGUGAAUAGAGCUCAGGGGACGCUAGUUCAUGACCUUGCUUACUACUGGCCACAAUACACUCCAAUUACUAGUCCAGCAGAUUAUGACAUUAUGCUGUUCACAAUUUCUAAAUGCACUGGACAUGCGGGAUCAAGAAUAGGAUGGGCACUGGUUAAGGACGUAGAUGUGGCAAGGAAAAUGGUGAAGUUUAUUGAGAUUAACACAAUUGGAGUGUCCAAAGAAUCACAACAAAGAGCAGCCAAGAUCCUGGAAGUGAUUACUGAUAGCUGCAGUCAAACAGUUCGGACCCCUGAAUUGGAUAACUUUUUUGAAUAUGGCCAGCACCACUUGACUGAAAGGUGGAAGAAGUUGAAGGUAAUUGUCAAGCGCAAUGGACUCUUUACUCUACCCAAGUUUCCCCUUCAGUAUUGCAAUUUCACUGGAGACUUCACUAAGGCACAUCCCGCCUUUGCAUGGAUGAAAUGCAAAGAAGAUGUUGAUUGUGAGGAGCUAUUUAGAGGGCACAAGAUUCUUACGAGAAGUGGAAAGCGCUUUGGUAGUGAUCAAAAGUACGUGAGAAUAAGUAUGCUGAGUCGGGAUGAGGAGUUUGAUCUCUUUGUGCAGAGGUUUUCAGCUUUCCAUGGGAUUGCAAAUGGAAAUUAA